AUGAAGGAACCUAAGGAAAACGGUUCACGUGUUUUUGAAGAGUCAUAUUCUGAUGCAUUUGAAUUAUCGAACGUACAAAACUUUAAGUUACCAGUAGGGAAAACAUCAGAGGAAAGGGAUUUAAGAAGUCAUAAAGCGACUCAAAAAAGUGACCUUGACGAUGAAAAAGUAGGAACUAUUUCCAAAAUUCCAAAACAAAAAAACGAUUCUCAUAAUAAGGUAGAUGCGGAAUCGCAACUCACCUUACCAUCAAAGAAUAUUUACAAUGGUGUCACAUCAGCUCAACGCAGGAAGCGAGAGGCCAAGGCCAGUCGGCACGUGGCCUUCAACUCAACAAUUCUUUGCCCCCUAUGUAAUUUAGGCAAUACGUGCUAUUUCAAUUCAGGCAUUCAAAUACUAUCCAACUGUCCGGCCUUUGUGUUCGGACUGCGCGACGUGCCGCACUGCUAUGCGACGUGUCAAAAGAGCUUAUUCUUAUUUAAUCAACCCAACAACACGGAUAAGCACACAUUAUUUCAGCUUCUAGCGAACCUUCUGUACAAUAUGGAAUAUGAAACACUUGAAAAGGGUAAGUCAAUUUCGCCUUUCCGUGUGGUGGACCAACUCGCAAAAGUAUUUUCUAGUUUUGAGGGUAGAAGGCAACAGGACUGCCCGGAGAUGAUUGACGCCGUAUUGGUAACCAUUGAGGAUGUUUACAGGCUUGAGAUUGAAGUGAAUGAUCUCUUGCAAUCCUUUGAAGUCUCUGCGCAAACGUACGAGAAAAAAAAAACCUUGCGCCUCAAUAAUGAUUUUCAUAUUAUGGGGAAUAGGUCAAUAAACAUGACUGGUUCUUUUCCCAAUUCAAAUUCUAUGGAAUUUUCGAUGGACCACAACUUACUGGAUCAAACAAGGCCGUCAUCUGUCUGUUCUAGAGAAAUAUUCUCAGGUCCUCGCAGUGCCCAUUUCAUUGCCAUUCUCCGCCUCAUGCAAAAAGUCAACGAGGAGAAUCGUGAAUUGGAGCGAAAAGCAGCAGAGCGCAAAGGCAAGACCUACGACCCAAGGAAUAGUUUCUACCCACCACGCCUCGUAUUCAAUCCUACCACAGGAGGCUUCAAGGGCUACAUGUUGUCUGAGAUCCGUUGCCACAACUGUUCCAAUGUCUCCAGGGUGGUGAAUAGCUUUAGUUCUCUAAUAUUGGAAAUUCCUUCGCAAAGACAACGGUACGAAUUUGCCAAACGCAACCCGAAUAUUAAGCGUCUUGAUGCAAACGGAAAGUUAUUUCAAAACCGAAAGCACCCUGAUGUUACGUGGUGGAACCCCCUGUCUCAUUUUUACUACUUCUACAGACGGUUUUACAACUAUAUUUUUAGCUGUUUCAGUAGUAUUAACUAUGCACUAACGCUGAAGGAGUGCCUCGACAUUCAUUUUGAGCCUGUGGAAUUGAAAGGAGGGAAUAAGUAUCAAUGCGAAUCAUGUGGAGGAUUACAUGAGGCAACUAAAUCCGAGUUCUUGCUGUCCCUACCUGAGUACCUUUUUAUUCACAUGAAACGCUUUAAAAUGAAUACUUUUGCCAAGGGCAAAAACUCCGACCCGGUGAUCUUUCCUGUAUCGUGGACUCCAUUCAAGAAUGGGACGCCAUGGGAGGAAAUACAGAAAUUGCGAUUUGAAAUACUGGACUUGCGACCCUACAUGCAUCCAACAGUAAAUGCAAAUGUAAAUCCAAUUCAAUCAUGUUUACAUACAAAUGGUGAAGAUCAGGAUGAUGAUACAAUGGUUUCAGUUCUUCCAGAAAGUCAACUAAUUCCUUCGACUUACACCUUAGAUGGGAUUGUCAAUCACCACGGUUCUAUUACCAGUGGACAUUACGCUGUUUUUACCCACAAAAGAUUGAACAACAAAGAUCUGUGGCUCCAGAUAAACGAUGACGAAAUAGAAGCGGUGAGUUUAAGUAGUGUCGCUGACUCUGAAGAGUACCUAUUGUCGUAUCGCUGUCAGCCUGUGAUGGAGCUUACAGAGGAAUUUGUGCAACUGCGGGAUAAAGCGCGCUAUUACUUGCUGGAGUCCCGAAUAACCUUGGAAGGUUGCGAUGAUGACUCAGAAAAGACCAGGAAGAGUGGAAACCAUACUUCACAUCGGCACCACCACGAUACUGAAGUGGAGUGUAAGGAGAAUAAAGACAACGUUGUCUACAUAUCUUCCAUGUGGCUGCAGCGCGUAGCAUUCUUUCACGAUCCAGGACCUAUAAUUAACAGGUUCUGUUACACUUCUUUUAGGUCUCAAAAAGAAUUAGAAAGACAAACAGGGUUUUCUACUGCUGGUUCACGGAUACCUGAAUCAUUGCUUCGCGCGUAUGGACCACCGGUGAGAUGGUAUUAUGCCGAAAUUGAUGAGGUUGAUUACAGUGCAUUUUAUGAGGCCUAUGGAGGUGAUGGUGCUGUAACAAGGGCUCAAUACGAGGCACUGAAAAAGGAUCAAGAUAUUCUUGUAAAUUUACUUCAAAACAAAUCUAUAUGA